AUGACUUGCUGUCCGGAGGUGCUGCAGUUAGCUAUUCAAGGAGACAACGAUGCCGCUCUCAACAUAAAUGAUCAGCCACAUGAUAAUGAGCCUAACGAACCGGACAAUGCUCCGCCUCGUCGCACCCUCCUCGACUCUCUUAGAAGCUUCACGACAACUCUCUUCUCGGAAACUGCCCUCAAAUUUCACCUGUUUGCGUACUGGUUAUUCUGCCUAUUCGAUAUGAUUGAGGAGCAACCACAUAGUCUACAUGUAAUUAAAGUCAUGCUAGUCGCAAUGGCAAUAAUAUUUGCUUUACUUGCAACGGUUACAAGAGCUGUUUGCUUAUUUUAUCCAUUUCUGUGUGUCAUCGUCUUUGAAUUCAUAAAAGCUUUGACCGUCUUCCUUCUAUUAGCUCUUAAACUUGCGUUCCCUAAGAAGUAUUCCCAACUAAUCAAUAUAAGAGGAUUAAAUCAUCUCCGGAUGCUUACCAGAGACUCACGCACUGAUGAUGAAAUUUGCUAUGUCUGGAAUGGAUUCUGUGUGAUCUACUUUGUACUUGUGUCGCUCACUUUAAUUCGCAAUAUCGCAGAAAUGCAAUGGAGAGAGCGUGUGAGAAGACAUCAUGAUAACGUCUAUCCUCCACUUUUAUCACCUACUCCGAGAACACGUGUGGUGUUGCCUAGGGAACUUGAAGUAGGAGGUGUGAACACUGAUGAUCCUCCUCCAUACUCGUCAACCAUGCAGUUGGAAACUGCCAAAGAAGAAACGGAUCCGCCCCGAUACUCGCAACUGGGUUACUCACCAAGAGGAUCUCCACCUGCUCCUGUUAUGAGCUCGGAAAGCUCUAUAGUCGCCAACGACAAAACAGAUGACCGGACAAGUCGAGCACUUUGAAAAGCCCAAUUUUCAAGAAUCCCGGCCAUUAUAUAGACGCUACGAAUUGAAACAAAACGAGUACAUUAUACAGAUUCAGUGCUUUUAAACCAUGACGAUUAUUCUCUCAAG